AUGAAGCUCAGUGCAAGUACGCUACGACUGAGAAGGAACUUGGCGGUGGUGUUUGCAUUUGAGAAGUUUCGGUCCUAUCUUGUUGGAUCGAAGGUGAUUGUCCAUACUGAUCACGCUGCCUUGAAGUACUUGCUGACGAAGAAGGAUGCGAAGCCGAGACUCUUGAGAUGGAUUCUUUUGCUUCAGGAGUUCGAUCUGGAGAUCAAGGAUAAGAAAGGGAUUGACAAUGGUGUAGCUGAUCACCUGUCAAGGAUGAAGAUCGAUGAUGACGUCCCUCUAGACGACAGCCUACCUGAUGAGCACGUCUACGCUGUUGAGCACUGCACCGAUGGAGUCUACAGGAGAUGUGUAGCUGAUGAGGAGAUACCUGGGAUCUUGUUCCACUGUCAUAGCUCGUCUUAUGCUGGACACUUCGCCACGUACAAGACUGUAUCCAAGGCUCUGCAAGCUGGCUACUGGUGGCCCAUCAUGUUCCGAGAUGCUCACAGAUUCGUGUCUAAGUGUGAUGUAUGCCAGAGACAGGGGAACAUCAGUAAGAGAAACGAGAUGCCACAGAACUUCAUUCUGGAAGUAGAGGUUUUCGACGUGUGGGGAGUUGACUUCAUGGGACCCUUCCCAUCUUCCUAUGGAAACUAUACAUUUUGGUGGCUGUCGACUAUGUAUCUAAUGAUGGAGGUUCAUUUCAUCAAUAGGACCUUCGAUAAUAUGUUGAAGAGGCAUGGGGUGAAGCACAAGGUGGCGACUCCUUAUCAUCCCCAGACGAGUGGCCAAGUCGAGCUAUCUAACAGAGAGAUCAAGAACAUCCUUCAGAAGACUGCAGGCACGACUGGGAAGGACUGGGCUGCAAAGUUGGAUGAUGCACUCUGGGCCUAUCGAACUGCCUACAAGACUCCUUUGGUACGACACCGUUCAACUAGUCUAUGGCAAGGCUUGUCACCUGCCUGUGGAGCUAGAGUACAAGGCUGCGUGGGCAGUGAAGCAGAUGAACUAUGA